AUGUUAAGGUAUGAACCGCCCACUGACAGUUGGUGGCAGAUCCGGUGUGAGCUGUCCUCCGGUGGCAGCAUCCCAUGUAGUCGAUGUCAACGGAUUUAUCAGGACUGCGAGAUUGAUUUCGGAUCCAAGCCAGUCAACAAGCGAAUGCGUUUGGAUGAACUAGAAAAUGAGAUCCGACAGCUCCGGUCUUCAAUUUCAAAUCUUCCCGGGAAAACCGUGCCUGAGACCAGCGCGAAACCAUGGCUUCGCACAUAUUUACACGGCAGCGCGCCAGGCUUGCCGCGCUCUGAUAUGAUGCACCUCUCGGAGACACCUGUGCACAAAACUGCUCGGGUUCUCGAACUCGAAGAUGGAACCGAAACUCGACCACAAUCUCUUGAUCAUCUGCGGCUGGACCCGCACCAGAUCGACUCUCUCUUUCAGCUGUGCGUGGACCCGUUGUGA